CUUGCACUCAGUCAGAACCACCUCUUUAGUACAGGUAGAAUCAUGUUGCUAAGGAAACUUGGUCUUGUCAUGUGGAAGAAUCUGGUGCUUCGGAAAAGACACUGGAUAAUAACGUCAUUUGAGAUUGUGAUUCCUGUUGUACUUUUUAUUCUGGCUGCUGUGGUACGGUCACUUAUGAAGUCAUCAGAUGUUAAUCUUACCCCAGCACAGUAUUUUCAUGUUGAAGAUGAAGAAAGCCUGAGACUGUACUUCAGGUUUUAUGACUCACCACUACUUUAUGCUCCAAAUAAUAGUUUUACAAGAUAUGUAAUGGAUAAUGUUGCAUAUGGUGAUUAUUUAUCAGUUGAUUUACAGGCUUUUGACACUGAAGAUGAAUUGCUCAGCUACUAUGAUGGCAUGAAUUUUUCUAGCCGUAGCGUUCAUGCAGUUAUAUUUGAAGAUCUGCCUCCAAAUGGAGAUCCACCAGAUCAUUUCAAGUACAAAAUACGUGUUUCAGAUAUAAAAUUUCAUACUACAGAGUUGUUCCCCGAAUUCUCUUCUUGGACAUUAUUUUUUGAGUUCUAUGUAUAUUCCUCCUUCCUGAGCCUCCAACUGCUAAUAGACAAAGCAUUCAUGGAACUUCAAGGAGUAAAUACAUCUGCAUUUCAGUUUUCAGUUCAGGCAUUCCCAUAUCCUGAACGUGCUGACUAUCAAGAUGCCUUCACACAAAUUUUCUCAGUCCUCCUACCAUUGUUCACGGUUCUCAGUUUUGUGAUGCUAUGUCCAUCCAUUAUGAAGAGAGUUGUAGAAGAAAAAGAAAGUGGAGUGAAAGAGCUGAUGAAGAUGAUGGGAUUAAAGACAUGGAUGCUGUGGUUUAGUUGGAUGGUGAAUGCUUUACUUGUGAAUGUAAUUACAGUCACCAUUAUCACCGUUUUGCUUAAAGUGCCAUUUGGUGAUACUGCAAUACUUCAGUAUUCAGAUUUCUUUCUGGUAUGGGUCAUCCUUUUAUUCUACUGCAUAGCUGGUGUGACCUUCUGUUUUGCUAUUGGUUCAUUCUUCUCUAGACCAACCUUGGCCAUGUGUGCCGGCAUUUUUCUGUGGUUUAUAUCUUACUCAGCUACAACAUAUCCUGUUAUGAAUGGAAAUACCCUUCAUGUGGGUGUCAAGCUCGUAUCAGCUAUUUUGCCAAACACAGCAAUUAACUGGGCAUUUGGUUUGAUUGUGUCCUGGGAAACACGAGGUGAGGGCCUGUCCUGGGGAAAUUUCUUUACCCCUCCCAGUGGUAAAGAAGGUGACAUCAGCAUGGGUCUUAUAUGGGUGAUGCUCAUUGUGGACACUGUCCUAUAUAGCAUUGUGACAUGGUAUAUUGAUUCUGUCAUGCCAGGCAAAUAUGGGGUUGCAAAACCCUGGCACUUCUUCAUCAUGCCAUCCUAUUGGUGCAGCAGCAAGCUUAGUAGUACAUUUUCUUCAGAUGAUCAGGCAGAAAAUAACAGAACAUUUGAAAAUCCCCCAAGUAAUCUGCAUGUUGGGAUCAAAAUACAAAACCUUCGCAAAAUAUUCCAUUCACUGGGUGGACUGAACAAGAAGGUGGCAGUAGAUGGAGUCACUCUAGAUAUCUAUAGUGGUGAGAUUACAACACUGCUUGGACAUAAUGGUGCUGGCAAAACUACAACUAUGUCAGUUCUCACAGGCCUGUAUUCCCCUACCAGUGGUUCUGUGUAUAUUGAUGGCUAUGACAUCCGUGAAAAUUUGGACAAAGUUCGGGAAAGCAUGGGCCUCUGUCCCCAACAUGCUCUGCUCUUCUCAGACCUAACUGUCAUGGAGCAUCUCCUUUUUUUUGCUAUCUUGAAAGGCUGUUCCAGAAAGGAAGCAAAGAAGGAUGCUACAGAAUUCCUUGAAAGGUUGAAUCUUACUGACAAGAAAAACCAGAUGUCCUCAACUUUAUCUGGAGGAAUGAAGAGAAAAUUGUCUUUGGGCAUAGCUCUAAUUGGAAACAGUAAAGUCUUGAUGCUAGAUGAACCAACAUCAGGAUUGGAUCCAGAAGCCAGGAGGGAAAUAUGGGAUAUCUUGUUGAGUAUGAGAGGAGAGAGGACUAUCCUGAUUACAACACACUUCAUGGAGGAAGCUGAUGUUCUCGGAGACAGGAUUGCUAUCAUGUAUAAUGGCCGAGUCCAAUGCUAUGGCACUUCUUUAUUCCUCAAAAAACUAUAUGGAACAGGCUACCAGUUAAACCUGCUAAAAGAAAAUGAUUGUAAUGUGGCCAGGAUAACGAGCACAAUCCAGGAAAUUAUUCCACAUUCAAAGAUUAAGACUGAGAUGGGUACAGUGCUAUGCUACAUGCUGCCCUCUGAACAAACUAAACUGUUCCCUGAUCUGUUUGAAAUUUUGGAAAGAGAUAAGCAAAGGCUAGGAAUAUCCAGCAUUGGAGUUUCCAUAACCACACUUGAGGAAGUGUUCUUGAAAGUGGGAGAGGUGGCUGCAGAUGAGCAUGACAAAGACACAAACUUGAAACCAAGUAACAAUGGAUACAUGACACUAAACCACAAUUUUGAAGCUGUAACAUUUAAUAAGACAGUGGGGACAAGUCUGAUGCUUCAACAAAUAGCAGCUUUGUUUAGGAAGCGAAUCCUUUACAUGUACAGGGAGUGGAAGACAUUCUUAAUGUGGGCUUGUGUUGCCAUUGUAUUGGCUAUUCUCACAGUGGCUCUUGUGAGCAAUGGCAGUUCUGAGAGUACAGGAGAACCUGCCCUCACCUUGUCCUUAAAAAGUUAUGGCCAAACUGAAGUUCUGUACUCAUCAAGUGUUGAAUCAGCAGACUGGAAUAUUGAUAAUUCAUAUAGAGAUACUGUUCAAUCUCUGAAUUCCUAUGUUAAAAAUCCUGGAAAGCCUAUCAACCAUGCCCUUUUGGAGGCUGGAGAGAACAACAUCAAUGAUUACCAUACAAAGUUUAUUGUUGCAGCAGAAUUCAAUGCAUCAGAUUCACCAAAUGUGGCACUGUUGAAUUCCAUGUAUUCAUCCACUGCUUUCCACGCUGCACCAAUCUCUCUGAAUCUUCUCACCAAUGCUGUUCUCAAAAGUAAAAACCCAACCAAAUUAAUUACAGUUACUAAUCAUCCUCUGAAGGCAAAACAGGAACAGGAAUCAAAUGUAUUGGUGUAUACAGGACCAGACUACAGCAUUAUGUCAUUGUGGAUGGUUCUGAUGCCUUACAGCCUACUCUUCCUCACAGGGAGCUUUAUUAGAUUCCCCUCAUUAGAGAGAGUGUCCAAAGCUAAGCAGCUGCAGCUGAUGACUGGGGCCUCACCCCUUGCAUACUGGUUCACAUGUUUCAUAUGUGAUUUCCUUUACUACAUAAUUGUAGCAAGCAUCAUGGUGUUGGGAAUCCUUGUUGCUGAUCCACUUGAUGUCUUUAAUGGGUCUGAAGAACUGGGGGUGUAUUUCUUCAUGGUACUGAUGUAUGGAUUUUGUGGCAUUCCGUAUGCAUACAUAUUCAGCUAUUUAAGAAAAAGUAGUUCAGGGGCCUUUUCUCUACUUGCAGUGACAAAUAUAUUGCUUGGAAUGAUACUGAGUUUGACGGUAUACAUUAUGCUACAGUCAAAAGACUACGAAAGUGCUGCAAAUGGUCUAAAAUAUGUUCUGCAAUUUAUUCCUCAUUUCUCCAUCACAUUUGGGUUCAUGCGCUUCUCAGACCUCGUCCUCAAAAAUAAUAGAUGCAAAAUUGAGCAAAUAUCCUGCCCUCAAAAUGACAUUUGCUGCGAAUCUGUGUGCAAAGAUGGCUAUUGUCCUCUAAUACACAAAUCAUAUAUAGCAUUUGCAAAUAUCGACAAUCCAAAUGCAGUUGGUGAACAACUACUAUAUAUGGCAAUAGACACCGUUCUUUACUUUGGACUGAUAAUGUUGAUAGAGCAUGAUGUGUUCAAGAAACUGCAUGGUAUGCUCAUGAGGAUGAUACUUGGAACUGAAAUUGAAGUACAGGAACUAGAAAGUGAUGUGUUAAUGGAAAAGGAACGUGUCAAUAGCAAAAUAAGAGCAGCCGCUCUUCAGCAGAGCAGUGCUGAUGAUGACAUCAUGCUGGUCCAUAAUCUGAUAAAGAAGUUUAAGUCAAGCUUUGUAGCAGUAAAAGAUAUUAGUUUUGGUGUGGCCCCUGGUGAGUGUUUUGGGCUGCUUGGCAUCAAUGGUGCAGGCAAGACCACGACAUUCAGAAUGCUUACUGGAGAUGAAAUUCCUUCCAGUGGAGAUGCAGUAAUUACUCAAUACAGACUUGGGAAUGAAAAACAUAAGUUCCUGGCACAGAUUGGCUACUGCCCACAGUUUGAUGCCAUCAAUGAAACUCUGACAGGGCGUGAAAUGUUGCAACUCUUUGCCAGUCUUCGUGGAGUAUCACGGGCUAAUGUUGAUAAUGAAGUCAACAAAUGGCUCUCAUUGAUGGGACUUCAGCAGUAUGAGAACCGGAAAUGUGGAACAUACAGUGGUGGCAAUAAACGUAAGCUGAGUACAGCCAUGGCUCUGAUAGGGGAUCCUCCUAUAAUUUUCUUGGAUGAACCAACAAGUGGAGUUGAUCCUGUGGCCAGGAGGAACCUGUGGACUGUCUUGACAUCUAUCCAGAAGUCUGGCCAGUCUGUAGUGCUCACUUCACAUAGUAUGGAGGAAUGUGAAGCACUGUGUAACAGGCUGGCCAUAAUGGUGGGAGGGCAGUUCGUGUGUAUGGGAGGUAUCCAGUAUCUGAAGCAGAAAUAUGGCCAAGGCUUCACUAUCAUGGUGAAACUGAGAGUCGUUGGAAUCAGUGAAAAGGAUGUGAUGUCACUGAAGAACGAAAUUGAAAAUAGCUUUAAUACUGGUUGUAUUCUCAAGGAUGAACACCAGGGUUUGCUACAUUACCAUGUGACUAACCCCAACACACCUUGGAGAUAUCUCUUCAUUACCAUGGAGAGGGUGAAACAGCACUUCGAAGUUGUGGAAGAUUACACUAUCAGUGAGACAACACUGGAGCAAGUAUUCCUGUCCUUUGCAAAGGCACAACCACCAUACACUUCUGAAAAUGGACUCAUCAUAUCCUCAUGUCUGUGCGUGCACACAUGCAUUUGUGUAAUCUUUUCUAGUGCACUCCCCCACAAAUACUAUGAUUAGACUUGCAACAGUACAGUUUUGUGUGCAAUAAAUAAAUAUAAGGCCCAAUGAUGCAUGCAAAAUAGCAGAAGUUUUCAAAAAUAUAAGUACAACUUUUGGCUCUUGUUUUUAAUUAAGGAUCUGUAUAUGAGCAUGAUAUAAUGAAGUAAGAGCUAUUUCUAAUGUUAUAUUUUAGCGUCCUGUUGCACUGAUUUAAGUCCAUGAUUUAUUUAAUCCGUCUUGC